ACACAACAGAAGAAGAAGAAGACGACGUCAUUUCAGCGCGCCUCUCGAGCGGAAAGGGAUUUUAAUUCCCUGCGACGGUGUUCAAACUGCGUGGAGCAUAGUGCAGUGAAAAAGUAUGAAGGUACUGAAUAUGGAUAGGAUACCGAGCCUUGUUCAGUUUACGCUGAGCUGGUGCUGAUGGGGGACGAAAAGGACACUUGGAAAGUGAAAACGUUGGAUGAAAUCCUCCAAGAAAAGAAACGUAGAAGAGAGCAAGAAGAAAAGACAGAUCCCAAACGGCCGAAAGCUACGGAUGAGCGGAAUUCUAAGCGGGACACAUUGGAGGAAGGCGAGCUUCAGGAUCACAAAAUGGAAAUAACAAUCCGUAACUCCCCAUACGUACGGGAAGAGUCUACCGAAGACAGAGGGGAAGAAGAUGAUUCCCUGGCAAUUAAACCACCACAGCAAAUACUGAGAAAAGAGAAAUCUCACCACAGGAAAGAGGACAGAAGAAAGGAGAAGAAGAGGCACCGCAGUAACUCCACUGAUGGAGCUGUGAAACAUGCCCGGCCAAAGGAUAAAGAAAAAGAGAAGGAGAGAGAAAAUGAACGAAGGAAGAGGCAACGCGAAGAGCAGGACAAGGCGAGGAGGGAAUGGGAGAGGCAGAAGCGGAGAGAGCAGGCUAGGAUGAACUCUAGGAGAGAGAGGAGAGAUCCUGUUAAGCUCCCGCCCUCUUCCCCUGUUUUAAGGGACCGCCUGGAGCAGCUGGAGCGGCAGAGGGAGCGAGAGAGGAAGCUGAGGGAGCAGCAGCAGAAAGAGCAGAGGGAGCAAGUGGAGCGUGAGAGGAGGGCCGAGGAGAGACGCAAGGAGCGCGAGGCCAGGAGAGAAGCAGCGUCCCAUCACAGGGGCCCUAAGGAUGAGUAUGGGGAGAAAGGGAAGCAGAGUCACCGGAGCCGUAGUCCAAGUCGGCAGCACCGUGAGAGACAGGACCUGGGAGAGGGCAGCAGGAUGGCAGUGAGAGAGGAGAAGCAGGAGGACAGGGACCUGCUGUCUGAUCUGCAGGACGUGAGUGAAAGCGAGAGAAAGACCAGCACAGCAGAAUCAUCCACAGGGUCGGGUACGGGUUCUGAAGAAGAGGAGGACACAAGUAGCGAAUCGGAGGGUGAGGGAGAGGGAGGAGAGUCUGCAACCAAUUCAGAGGAUGGGUCUGAACAGACUGCAGAUGAAGUAAGUGAAGUAGAGCAGACAGAGGAAGAGUAUGAGGAAGAGCGGGAGAACGGGAUCCACAUUCCAGUCGUGACAGAGUCGCGGUUUGACCAUGAUACUGAGGAGAGUUUGGAGGAGGAGGAGGAGGAAGAAGAGGAGGACGAGGAAGAAGAGGAGGCAGAGCCCAGCCUCCACUCACGCUCAAACACUCCUGAAGGGAACUAUAUCCCUGAAUCCCCACCCAUGUCUCCCGUGGAGCUGAAGAAAGAGCUGCCCAAAUAUCUGCCUGCUCUUCAGGGCUGUCGCAGUGUGGAGGAAUUCCAGUGUCUAAACCGAAUUGAAGAGGGGACGUACGGUGUGGUGUACAGAGCCAAGGAUAAAAAGACAGAUGAGAUUGUGGCUCUAAAGCGAUUGAAAAUGGAGAAGGAAAAGGAAGGGUUUCCAAUCACCUCUCUGAGAGAGAUCAACACCAUCCUGAAAGCUCAGCAUCCCAACAUUGUCACUGUUCGGGAAAUAGUGGUUGGCAGCAACAUGGACAAGAUCUAUAUAGUUAUGAAUUACGUGGAGCAUGACCUGAAGAGUUUGAUGGAGACCAUGAAGCAGCCAUUCUUACCAGGUGAGGUGAAAACCUUGAUGAUUCAGCUCUUGCGUGGAACCAGACAUCUUCAUGACAACUGGAUUCUUCACCGGGACCUUAAGACCUCCAAUCUGCUUCUGAGCCACAAAGGGAUAUUGAAGAUUGGAGAUUUUGGAUUGGCUCGAGAGUACGGCUCUCCUCUGAAGCCCUACACCCCGGUGGUGGUUACUCUGUGGUACAGAGCACCCGAGCUGCUCCUGGGAGCCAAGGAAUAUUCAACUGCAAUAGACAUGUGGUCAGUAGGAUGUAUAUUUGGAGAACUUUUGACCCAGAAGCCACUUUUCCCUGGAAAAUCCGAAAUUGACCAGAUUAACAAAAUCUUCAAGGAUUUGGGAAGCCCCAGUGAAAAGAUCUGGCCUGGGUACAAUGAGAUGCCAGCGGUGAAGAAAAUGACAUUUACAGAGUAUCCAUACAACAACCUCCGCAAGAGAUUUGGUGCUUUGCUGUCUGACCAGGGAUUUGACCUCAUGAACAAGAGGUUCCUGACGUACUGCCCAAGCAAGAGGAUCACUGCAGAGGAGGCUCUGAAACACGAGUAUUUCCGGGAAUCUCCCCUGCCCAUUGAACCAGCCAUGUUCCCCACCUGGCCAGCCAAGAGCGAGCAGCAGAGGGUGAAACGAGGGACCAGUCCACGGCCGCCUGAGGGGGGACUGGGCUAUAGCCAACUGGGGGAUGAUGAUUUGAAAGAUACGGGUUUCCACCUGACCACCACAAACCAGGGGGCCUCCGCUGCCGGUCCCGGCUUCAGCCUCAAGUUUUGAUUCCUCGCCGGAGCGUAGAGGACUGGGGGUUCCACAUGCGUGAUGUACGGCGCGUCAGCUUUGCAACGUCGGGGAUUCUGACUCAUUUCUGCAGCACGGAAGAGACUGUGUUUUCGUGUUUCCUUUCUGUUGACAUUACUGGAUGUCAGAACAGUGACAAUGUUCUUGUAGUUGCAGAUAGCUGAUAGACAGCAGGAGCUGCACGUUAUAUGGGUCUUGAUUUGCUUUGAGAGCUAAUCCGAUGCCAGGACUUAUUCCCAAGCAAGUACUUAGCCGUCUUUACCAGGAGAAACCAUGGAGCACCGCAAGGCUCAAAUAAGUUGUUGGAGCGACACCUCUUGCCCCAAGCACAACAAAAGCCUGCAAAGUUUAUUGCUGCGUAUUGGAUUUUGAAAUAAUGCCAGCUUUUAUUUUUUUUUUCUUUCUUUUAAAUAGGAGUGGUACCCACUAGAUCAGUAAUUACCAUUUUUUAUUUGACAUUGUGUAUUGUUUUCCAAUGACCAGGGUGCAUUAAAGUUGGUAAGAAAAACAAAUAUCACAGCUUGUUGGGGACCUUUUCAUACACAAGGGUACUGGUUUAGAUCUUGGGAGGGGAUCAGAGUUCCUGAAUAAUUCUGUCGUGUGGUUUUUUGGGGCACUGGAUACAAAUGACAAAAUGAUAUUCAGUAGAACAUGGUUGCUUUUCGAUUCCAGCAUUCAUGCUCAGUUUAGAGAUGGUAUAUGGAAGACUUUUUUAUUAUUAUUAAACAAAAAAAGUAUUAAACUAUUUUAGAAAUAAC